AUGUCAAAGCACACGUACACACCGCUCCCGCCGACCCACAAUGGUGAACUGGUGACCAGCACUGAACCAGAAGCUCCAGAUCAGGCCCAUGCACCAGAUUUUUCAUUUCGUCGAAAUCUGGAUUCAUUUGAAAUUGCCGACGAAAUCGGAAAUGAGUUCCAAAGUCUAGAGAUCGAGGAUUUGGAGUCGGAGCCGGAGCUCAUGAACUACAACAUAACGGAAAAUGAGGGCAAGUCGUCGAUGAAAAUGGCAUUUAUGAAUAUGGCCAACUCCAUUUUGGGAGCAGGCAUAAUUGGCCAGGCAUUUGCAUUUAAAAACAGCGGACUUAUAGGCGGACUCAUCGUGUUGGCGCUCUUGACGGUGCUCAUCGAUUGGACACUUCGGCUCAUUGUAAUCAAUGCUCAGAAGUCCAAUACCAGGUCUUAUCAGGACACAGUUCAUUACUGUUUCGGCCGUUGGGGUCGGGUUUUGUUACUUUUUUCGAUCAGUUCCUUUGCAUACGGGGGUUGUAUGGCGUUCUGUGUCAUUAUAGGCGACACAAUACCGCAUGUUCUCAAGGCAUUCACUCUGGAAACCAUUCUUAAAUCACCCAUUGGCUGGCUAUUUGCCAGAAAUACCAUCAUCAUAGUGUUCACAACGUGCAUUUCUUACCCACUUUCGCUCAACAGAGACAUAUCCAAGCUUGCAAAGGCGUCAGGAUUUGCUCUUGUGGGAAUGCUCAUCAUCGUAUUGUUGACUCUCAUCAGAGGACCGUUUGUCGAUAAGUCGCUUCGAGCUCCUCUUACAAAGGCAGAAUGGACAGUCAACUAUAACAUAUUCCAAGGAAUCUCGGUGAUCUCCUUUGCUCUUGUGUGCCACCAUAACACAGUUUUUAUCUACAACUCACUAAGAAAUGCUACCGUCGAUAGGUUUUCCAAACUCACUCACAUUGCUUGUGGCAUCUCCAUGAUAUGCUGUUUGGUCAUGGCCGUGAAUGGUCUUCUUAACUUUGGCGACAAUACCAAGGGAAAUCUCUUGAACAACUUCAAAAGUGACGAUAAUUGGAUCAACGUUGCUCGCUUCUGUUUCGGGCUCAAUAUGCUCACAACCUUUCCUUUGGAGCUUUUUGUCGUCCGUGAUGUUCUCAAAGAUAUUAUUUUGGCCAGCAGAGGCUCUGAAGACGGCAGCACUGCCCACCUUGAACUCUCGUCAAAACAGCAUUUUUUCAUUACUACAUUUUUAGUAUUCUCAUCCAUGGCGGUUUCGCUUUUCACCUGCAAUCUUGGAAUAAUCUUGGAAUUGAUAGGUGCUACGUCUGCUUCACUUAUGGCUUAUAUCAUUCCUCCAAUGUGCUACCUUCGUCUUUCUUGGAUCGAGUUUGACUUCAAGACAGCCACCCCAAAAGAACGUAAAAGUUUCAUAUGGAAAAAGGUUGUGCCCAGCAUAGCAUGUGCCUUGUUUGGGUUCAGCGUAAUGUUCAUUAGCUCCUUCAUGAGUAUCAGAACGUCCAUGAGCGCUGAAGGCGGAGACCACUGCGUGGACGCCUAA